CGCGUUGACCUCUGUAUAAAAGACCCGCGUCGCAGUGAGCCGACGCCAUUUGUCUGUGGUUUGUUAUCGUGACAAGUUUGGAGAGCUGCAUCACUAGCUUUUCUGAACAUUUUACGAGCUACUUUGCUGUUAUUUUAACGCCUAAAUCUUUAACUCAACAAGAAAAAUGCGUGAGUGCAUCUCUGUCCACGUAGGUCAAGCCGGUGUCCAGAUCGGUAAUGCCUGCUGGGAAUUGUACUGUUUGGAGCAUGGCAUCCAGCCUGAUGGUCAGAUGCCAUCUGACAAAACCGUCGGCGGAGGAGAUGACAGUUUCAAUACCUUCUUCAGUGAAACUGGAGCUGGCAAACACGUACCCAGGGCCGUAUUUGUAGACUUGGAGCCCACUGUGGUAGAUGAAGUCAGAACCGGCACAUAUAGACAGCUGUUCCAUCCAGAGCAGUUGAUCACAGGAAAAGGUGAAUUGGCAUAGCAAUUUUGAAUGUUGUAAUUCUGAAAUGUGAAAUAUUUAAACACAAAAACCAAUAUUAAUAAAAUCAUUGUUACAGAGGAUGCCGCCAACAACUAUGCCCGUGGUCACUACACAAUCGGCAAGGAAAUUGUUGACUUGGUACUGGACAGAAUCCGUAAAUUGGCUGACCAGUGCACAGGUCUACAAGGUUUCCUGAUCUUCCACUCUUUUGGUGGAGGUACUGGCUCCGGUUUUACAUCACUCCUCAUGGAACGUCUCUCUGUCGACUAUGGCAAGAAAUCCAAACUAGAAUUCGCUAUCUACCCAGCCCCGCAGGUCUCAACUGCUGUUGUGGAACCCUACAAUUCUAUCCUGACCACCCACACCACCCUGGAACAUUCAGACUGUGCUUUCAUGGUUGAUAAUGAAGCUAUCUAUGACAUCUGCAGGCGUAACUUGGAUAUUGAGAGACCCACCUACACGAACUUGAACAGACUGAUUGGCCAGAUCGUCUCCUCCAUCACCGCCUCCUUAAGGUUCGACGGUGCCCUGAAUGUGGAUCUGACCGAAUUCCAGACCAACUUGGUACCAUACCCGCGUAUCCACUUCCCUCUGGUCACCUACGCCCCAGUCAUCUCGGCCGAGAAGGCGUACCACGAGCAACUGUCCGUGGCCGAGAUCACCAACGCCUGCUUCGAGCCGGCCAACCAGAUGGUGAAGUGCGACCCACGUCACGGCAAAUACAUGGCCUGCUGCAUGUUGUACAGAGGCGAUGUGGUGCCCAAGGACGUGAACGCGGCCAUCGCCACCAUCAAGACCAAGAGGACCAUCCAGUUCGUCGACUGGUGUCCCACCGGAUUCAAGGUCGGCAUCAACUACCAGCCACCUACUGUCGUGCCCGGCGGUGAUUUGGCCAAGGUACAACGUGCCGUGUGCAUGUUGUCGAACACGACGGCCAUCGCCGAGGCUUGGGCGCGCCUUGACCACAAAUUCGACUUGAUGUACGCCAAGCGUGCUUUCGUCCACUGGUAUGUGGGUGAAGGUAUGGAGGAAGGCGAGUUCUCCGAAGCUCGUGAGGACUUGGCUGCCCUCGAGAAGGACUACGAAGAGGUCGGCAUGGACUCCGGUGAAGGCGAGGGUGAGGGAGCCGAAGAAUACUAAACGGAAGUUUGUCACCUAACAUCAAGAUGCAACUUUACCAAGCAGAUUCCAUUUUUUUACUGUUAUAAACUACAAGCUUCAAAAGUCUGAUUUUUUUUCAAUAAAUUUUUUAUUUCCGUCUUACAUUCUGGUUUUAUUUGAGC